UUAGAUUGUAUUAAUUAAAAGUAGAAAAAGCAAGAACAAAGACAUUCAUUUGAAGAAAACAAAAAAUAAAAUAAAAUAUCUCAUGUUAACUUUCUUGAGGAAACAGCUCCAGCAGUGCUGUUGAAGGAUUAUUAAUAAUUAAAUAUAAUAAUUAAAACACUAAAUUCAACACAGUGUCUUUAAAUCAGAGAGGGGGCGGGUCCCGGCGGGUCCCGCCCUCUGAUUGGCUGCGGGGGGUCUGUAUGAUAAUGAGGAGGGCGUGGCCAGCAGCGGAGCCGCGGCGCCGCGGAGCGACGCCUCAUUGUGCCGUUAGACUCCCGCCGCUCCGUCUGCACGAGCCGCCGCGCGCUGGAUCUAAUACCGGGAGCGGCUCGGAGCCGGUACAGCUGCAGGGGGGUCCCCCCGGUCCUCCCGGUCCUCCUGGUCCCGGUCUAGUCCCGCUCCGGGUCUCUGUCUCUGUUGGAAAUAUCUGCUGUGGAUUUAUUGUUGCUGCGGAGCUGCGGACACACAAGAUUCAUAAACGGACUAACCUUCUUCUCCUCCUCUCUGGAUUUGUUGUUGCUGCGCUCUGAUUGGCUCUCAGUGACGCUGCGCUCUGAUUGGACGACCUGGAUUCAAGGACGUCUGAGGGGGUCCACCCCCGCCUCCUGCUGACCCCUGACCUCCUGACCUCUGACCUCUGACCUCUGACCUCACUGCAGAUUUACAGACUUCGACGCCCACAUGACCUGCUGACAUCACCAGGCCCCGCCCCCUUCCUCCUCCUCCCCCCUCCCCCUCCCCCCUCUGACAUCAUGGCUCCGUCUGAUUGGCCGUUCCCGUGGCGACUGCUGCUGCUGCUGCUGCUCGCUCUCUCGUCCUGUUUCCUGAGCGAGGCGGCGCCGUCGACCACGCCGUUCCCCAAAGACCUGGAGCCAAUCAACACGGUCGGCUGGGAGCACUCGUACCUGUUUCCAGGGUUUCAGGGUCUCCUGCAGGACAACGACACGCUGAGACUCGGUCUGGACUUCCAGAGACUUCUACGCAUCAACCACAUGCUGUACAUCGCUGCCAGGGAUCAUGUGUUUGCAGUGAAUCUGACGACGGCUUCAGACGACUUCGUCCCUCAGCUGAAGCUGACGUGGCGCUCCAGAGAUGUUAGCAAGUGCACGGUGCGCGGGAAGAACAGCGACGAAUGCUACAACUACGUCAAAGUUUUGGUGCCCCGUAACGACGAGACGCUGUUCGCCUGCGGGACCAACGCCUUCAACCCCACCUGCAGGAACUACAAGAUGGCGUCCCUGGAGCAGGUGGGGGAGGAGCUGGUGGGUCAGGCUCGAUGUCCCUUCGAGUCGGGACAGUCCAACGUGGGACUGUUCGCUGGAGGAGACUUCUACUCGGCCACCAUGACCGACUUCCUGGCGAGCGACGCCGUCAUCUACCGGAGCCUGGGGGACGGCCGGCCCGUCCUCCGCACCGUCAAGUACGACUCCAAGUGGCUCCGAGAGCCACACUUCCUGCACGCCAUCGACUACGGAAACUACGUUUACUUCUUCCUCAGUGAGAUCGCCGUGGAGUACACCGCGCUGGGCAAGGUGGUUUUCUCUCGAGUCGCACGAGUUUGUAAGAACGACAAUGGAGGCUCGCCGCGAGUCCUCGAGAGAUACUGGACCUCCUUCCUCAAGGCUCGUCUCAACUGUUCUGUCCCCGGAGACUCCUUCUUUUACUUCGACGUCCUUCAGUCUCUAACCAACGUCCUGCAGAUCAACCAGAGACCUGCUGUGGUCGGAGUCUUCACCACGCAGUCCAACAGUAUCCCUGGUUCUGCUGUAUGUGCGUUCUACAUGGACGACAUCGAGAAAGUCUUCAACGGGAAGUUCAAGGAGCAGCGGACCAGCGACUCGUCCUGGACACCUGUCCCCGAUGAACAGGUCCCCAGACCCAGACCGGGGACGUGUGCCGGAGACGGUCCUGCUGCAGACUACAAGUCUUCGGUCCAGUUCCCCGACGAGACGCUGACCUUCAUCAAGUCGUAUCCUCUGAUGGACGAAGCUGUCCCCUCAGUCAACGACCGUCCCUGCUUCACCAGGACGUCCAGCAGGUCCAAGCUGACCCAGAUCGUGGUGGACGUGUCGGCGGGCCCCUACAAGGACCGAACCGUGAUGUUCCUGGGCUCCGACGACGGACGAGUCCUGAAGGUUUUGGCGAGCACGCAUCCCAACGACAGCUUCGGCUCCAAACUGCUGGAGGACAUCGACGUCUACAACCCGUCCAAGUGUAACGUUCAGGGGCAGGAGGACAGGACGGUUCUGGGGCUGGAGCUGGAUAAAGACCAUCACGCUUUGUUCGUGGCGUUCACCAGCUGCGUCAUCAGAGUCCCGCUGAGCCGCUGCACCCGGCACGGAGCCUGUAAAAAAGCGUGUCUGGCCUCUCGUGACCCGUACUGCAUCUGGCUGCGGACCGGGAGUUGUGCCAACAUGGCACCAGGUUUCAAGGCGGGGUUCGAGCAGGACAUCGAGGGGGACUACUCGUCUCAGACCGACAGCUGCCACGCCGACGUGUUGGCGACCACACGGAACCAGGAGUCUGCCGCCGACUCGGCCUACGGUGUUCGUCGUCUCCCAGAGAUGGACUCUCGUUCUGCUGCCAACGUCCACUACACGCUGCUGAUCGCCUGCGUGCUGGUGGCCUUCUUCCUGGGCGCCAUCCUGUCAGGUUUCCUGGUGUCGUGUUACUGCAGCCGCAGCGCCGCUCAGCGUGCGAGGCGGCUGGGAAAAGACCCCGAGGCGUCGCUGCCGCACGCCUUAUCGCUGCGAUCCCUCGCCAAGCUCAACGGGCUGCUGGACGGACAGCCCAAGGAGGACAAACUGGACGUGUCCACCCCAAAGAUGUACAGCUCCUUCAUCCCCAACGGCCGGGCGGAGCCCCACCUGCCCACCCCCGUGCACCAGGGCCUGCCCCUGGGAGACCCCGAGCUCAGCCUCUCUCAGUCUCUGUCUCAGGCGGAUGGCGAGCUGUCCGGACUGCCCACGCCGGACUCCACCCCUGAGCUUCCCAUCAAGAACAUGAAGGCGCUGCGGCACCACCAGUACGAGAAGAACCAGAACUGCAACAACGUCAAGGACAGCGGCUCCAAGUCCGGACCCGGCUGCUCCGGCUCCAGUCUGGGCUUCAUGGCCGUGGUGGGGAACUCUCUGACCCAGCAGGUGUUUCCUUUCUCUCACCAACACAACAACAGUCUGAGCAACGGCGCCGCCCACGGAGCGGGCGCCUCCUCCACCUCACUGCACCUCCCCGAGGAGAGGAAGGUCCUGCACGAUGACCGAGCAGCAGGAGGAGGAGGAGCAGCAGGAGGAGGUGGAGGAGGAGGAGUCCCGCAUCACCACCACUCCCAGCAGCACCUCCCGCAGACGGUGGUGGACGUGUCGGCGCUGGACGAGUUGCUCAAACACAUACACGAGGUGAGCGCCUCGGGGACCGGCGGCAUCAAGGUCCUCACCUCCACCUCCUCGUCCUCGCUGUUCCCCGGGCCCUCCACAGGACUCCACCACCACCACCACCACCACCAUCAAAAUAACAACAACCACCACGGCCAGACCCGCACCCACCACUACAACCACAGCCACCACCACAGCAACCACCACAACAACAACAGCAGCAGCGGCGGUGGUGGCAGCGGCAGCGGUGGUGGCGGCGGUGGCGGUGGCUGUCUCCACCACCAGCAGCAGAUCCCAGAGAUGGAGUCGGCUCCGUACUACAGCACCUCCACGCUGCCGAGGGACGGCCUCCCCAAACGCCUGGACGCACCGGCACAGAACUCCACCUCGUCCUCCGCCUCGUCCUCCUCCUCGUCCUCCAACAACCCCACCUCCUCCACCUCCAUCCCUUCUUCCUCCUCCUCCUCCUCCUCCACUCCGCUCCAGCAGCAGGUGAUCCCGGAGAGACCCGGGGGGAGCGGCGGCGGUGGCGGCGGCAGCGUCUCGGUGGCGCGCCACCACUCCCAGCGCCACUCGCUCAUCAAGAUGGGCAGCGGGGGCGGAGCCGUGCCGCGCCACCACAGCUUCAACCAGCGGGGGGCGCCGCAGCACGCACACUUCCUCGCCAGGAUGAACACCAACAGCAGCAGCAACGGGCCGCCACCGCCGCCGGCGGCAAGCAUCAACACGAGCGGCGAGAGCCAGCGGCCGACCAUCGCCAGCGCCUGCCUGACGCGGCAGCACAGCUACAGCGAGGGGCCGCACGUGCAGCGGGCGGCCAUCGUCCGGAGAACGGCGUCGCUCAAACCACAAGUCCCGCCGAAACCGCUGUUCCUGCCGAACACAGCGUCGUCGCCGGUAACAGAGGCGGGGAAAUACAACUACUGACGCUGUGGGGGGGAGCCGAGCGCUCUGACAGGGACGCUAAAGACACUUCAGAGCUUUCCGUCCCCGUCACGACUCAUUAUGACCCGAGGAUGCCGCCUGCCGCCGCCGGCGCCAACAAACGGGACCUCUGACUUGCGUCUUUUGGGGCUCGACAGACUACGGAUCAAAACCGGCUCAGACGAGUCGGAGAAACAUUCCAAAAAGCAGGACGAAAAAGACGUUAAUGAUUCAAAAGGAGUCCCCAAGGCUGGAGGUGGCCUGGAAAAAUCCUGAUUAAUGCAGUUUUUCUUGCGAGCGCUUUGAUCUGACGUCCCGGCUGCUGGUGCACCUUGGCUCGCCUCCAUCUUGCAACAAAGUCACAACAGCAGCAGCAGCUGAGCGUGGCGGCGUCGGACCGUCUCUGCAGGACUUUUCUGAGUGAAUUUUUUUUUUUUUACCGCAGGAGAAAUAAAAACAGAGAUGAUCUCUCUGAUUCUGCUCCAGGAGAUUCUGAGACUGACGGGAAGCUUCUCUUCUCUGUGGAGGAACUGAGAAAAAAGAAACUGCUGUGAGGUUGUUUUGUUGUUUUGAGAUGUUUGAGGAAUGUGAGAAGAAGAAGAAGCUGCACCACUGAAUGUUCUUUAUACCACAUUGGUAUCUGAGACCAACAGCGUUCUGUUCUGAUGAAAAAAUGAUUCCCUCCAAUUAGAAAUUCAUGCACUCGGUACACUCAACACUCUUUAAUUUGGUAAUUUGUGUGUUUAAAUUGCUUAAUCGUUUUCCUUGAAUUAAUAAUUGCUCUGAAAUGACUUAAUUUGCCCUCUCUACCGUCUUUAUCUAUGAAGAGCUGAAUCUUUAAGUGCACGAUCGAUGAGCUGGAGUCAGACUGCAGAGAGAGUUCAGAACAACGUGUUGGAGCCUGAACGCAGCAGGAUGACAAGGAUCAGCAAGUCUGGCCUUUUUCUUCAAAUGUCACUUCACCCGAGCCUCAAUAAGACGUUUUAUUCAUCUUUAUUUAACCUCCCUCUUGUGUGAGAGUCGGCAGCGACCUGUUCUUUAGCUUUUAAAUGCAUUAAAAGUACCACGCAACUUUUGUUUACACUGCAAAAACCAUCUGACAAAAAAUAAGAAAUAAAUAACUAGAAUUAAGCAAAUACAGGCUCGAAACAAGUAAAAUGACCUGCCAGUGCAGUAAGUAAAUUUUACUUUGUAAGAAUUCUUUAAAUAAGUAAAAAAUGUCCAAUCCAAAAAUACUUAUUUUGAGCAAUUGUGGCUUGAAUAGCCUUACAGUUAGCCUACUAACUGUAACAUUAAAAUAAGCUAAUAAUACUUGAAACAAGCACGUUUUGGUGGAUAGAAAAUGCUUUUGAAAUAUAAUUCAAACUACGUGCAACUAAAACUCUCAAUUGGAGCCAAUUAUAUUUAUAUUUAUAUAUUUAUAUAUUUAUAUUUAUAUUAUAUUUGGUAAAAACUCACCAUAUUCAACAGUUAAAUAGAUUGAAAAACAUGAAAAAGCUCACAGUCAAUCCUAAAAACAAGUCUUUACACAAUAAGAUAAUUAAAUAAGCACAUGAAGCUAUGGUCAGUAGAUAAAUUACAUUCAAAACAAUAUAAUUAAGAUACUAUUGCGAGAUAUAAGAAGAAAAUACUUGGUAAGCUUCAUGUUUAUGCAGUGUAUUGCAUCAAGGAACCUUUUAUUGAAACAAAAUAAAACAAAAAAUCAAUUUCACUAAAUUAUAAAAUGCCCUGGGGGAAAAUGAUAACAUUUGUGUUGUUUCAGUUAGAAUAUAAGAUUAUAAAAAAUUAUUUAGUGGAAUAUAUACGACUCGUAACAGCAUAGAUGUUAUUAUAUGUAAAAAAUUAAAAUAAAACAUUAAUUUGAGAUGUCUUCUACUAACCCUCAGUAAUAGUCAGGUAACAUAACAACCUUUUAUUUAUUUUAUAUAAUUCUCUUGAGGUUCUUUUUUUUUUAAUUGAAAAUGAGGGUUUUUUUGCUGUCAAAAAGGCCCACAAAAAUAUUUAAACUAAUAUUUUAAUGUAUAAGGAAACCAACCAAGGUCAGCAGGAAACACAUUGGAUGAUAAAUAAUUGUUUUAAGGGUAUUUUAUGGAUCAUUUCAAGGUCAAAACCGACCCGUUAACAGAAGAGGAAGGUUAAAAAAGACACAUUUUAACAUUUCCAGAGAUCCUCGGCUUGUUUUCACUGCACAUUUAUUCACCAUGACACACGUUUCUGUUCACGACACGUCAGGAAGAAAAGAAUAAGCAAUAAACAUUCAAGUUCAGUGGACUGACCUGCAGGACAAACAAGCCAGCUGCUUUUUCUUCUGUUAGUUUGUAAAAUUAAUUCUAAUACACGAACCCUAAACAGUUCCAUGAUGGCUGCUCCAGCCUGCAGGAAGGUUAAACACCAGAAACAAGAUCUGAAUACAACACGAGGCAUGAUGGGAACUGUAGGAUCCUCUCUGGUAGAUUAACGGCUGCAGGAGUUUUAAUACGACUCCAUCACAAAAACACUGUAAAAUCAGUUUAAACAUCAAAUAUUCUGUCUCUGUACAGGUUUCAGUGGAAUAAUGUCACAGAGGAUUUUGUGUUUUUUACAUUUUAGAUAACUUUUUUGGUGCUUGAAGUACGGUGGCCCUUAAGGAAACACAUGCAAAUACACAAAACACAAGCAAACUGAGAAAACAGCUUCAUCAAUCUGACAACACAAGAGCAGCAUUUAGAAAACGCUGCAAAGACCACAACACAAAGGAAGUGUUUCCAGAGGACACUUAAAAGUGAUGCACACGUCUGGACAUGCUUUUGAUAUUAACACGUUAUUUCAACAUAAUGAUAAAUUCACGUUAUAACAAUCAUAGCAUGCUAUUGUUGACAUAAAUGUACAGAUGCAAACUUUUUUUUAAUUAUCCAUGUUAGAUUCUGGUUUGCUGAUUUUGGAGUUUUUAAUUUUGUUUUUCAUGAAAAAUCGGGUAUAACAAAGAGGCCAAAACUGAACUUAAAUAACCAGAAAUCCUAUUUCCAAGAUAUUUUUUUUGUUUUUUGUGAAAAAAAUAGCUGAUCGAUAGCAUGUUAACAUUAGCCGGCAAUCGUUAGCAUGCUAACGUUAGAGGCCGAUCGAUAGCAUGCUAAAGUUAGUGGGCGAUCGAUAGCAUGCUAAAGUUAGCGGCCGAUCGAUAGCAUGCUAAAGUUAGCAGCCGAUCAAUAGCAUGCUAACAUUAGCGGCCGAUCGAUACCAUGCUAAUGUUAGCAGCCGAUCAAUAGCAUGCUAACGUUAGCAGGCGAGCAAGACCAAGAUCAACUCAGUGCCGUUGAGAGUCGCUCACUCUGCGUGUCUCCACUACAAGUUACCCCCAGAGGGAUUUAGAAACUCUGGAGGUGACGUAUGAUUUUUGCCGUUGCCAACUGUGCACGACGUCAGCAGCUGAAAGAAGCAUGGCUAAUUAUGCACAGCGUCUCCGCUGAUCAUAAACAUAGUGAUGGUGAAUUAACCGGCAUCACUAACUGUGCACAGAGUGUCUGGUGCUUGUUGUAAACAAACAGAGAGCGCUAAGUGAACACCUCCUGCAGCAGCAGCACAUACACACUGUACUGCUACAGAGCUAACUGUUAGCAUGUUAGCACAUACACACUGUACUGCUACAGCGCUAGCUGUAGCUAACUACCGCUAACGGCGGCUAAGAAAGAGUCGCUGGAUUUGUCUCCAGACGCUUUCUUGAAAAGUUGCUAAAUUGUCAACACUGCUUUGCCGGCUUUUACAAAUGGUGCGUGUUGUUGUGGCGUCCAGUACUACGUCACAUCCUGCUUAGUGUUCUAUCCAAUCAGCAACCAGGCUGUUUACAGGGGAGAAAAAAGACCCUGCUCUACUACAGGGAUGAAAAAAGUGUGCUCCGGACGGCUCAUAUUCAAAUUAGGGGCGUUUCAGUGAGUGAGACCGCCUCGUUCUGAGUAUUACCCGGUAGUGGAAACAGCCCUAUUCAUUUAUUUGAUUGUUUAACUGCAAUGUGAUUGAUACGGGCUAGCGGGCUAACGCUAUAUAUCACGUUAUAGCAUGAAAAUAUAAUUAUCUUGAAAUACCGUGAUAAUAUCAAGCGUGUCCAGAUGUGUGCGUCACUUUUAAGUGUCCUCUGGAAACACUUCUGUUGUGUUGUCGUCUAUUUGCAUCGUUUUUUCUAGAUGCUUCGCUUGUGUUGUCAAAUUGAUGAAGAUGUUUUCUCAGUUUGCUUGUGUUUUGUGUAUUUGCAUGUGUUUUCUCAAGUUGCAGCACAUAAAGACAGUAUUUAUAACUCAUUCUGAGGGCCGUGCAGGUUUUAGGGUCUUAAAACAUGUCAGAAACCUGGAGAGCCACACACAGAACACACAGCAGACUGAAUAAUAACUGUGUUCUGUGGAUUAUUUUCACAGAUUCAACAGAAAGUGUCUGCGUGGAUGGAUGCCACAGGUUUAUUUUACGGUCACUUUGCUCCACGUUCAUUCACUUCUACAGACUCUCUGCAGGCUGUGGGAGCGUUUUCUUUACACAUGCUCUAAAAAUACACAAUCUCCUGUUUCCGUUUGUCACUUUUCUAUUCUGAGGCUGUUUGUUGUGUUCGUGGAGGAGCCACGGCAAUAAAACAAUGAGCUGCUGACGGUUGAAGCAAUCAGAAAGUGAAUGUUUCAGAUUCUGAAAGCCUGAAGAGGUUUAAACUAACUAAUAAACUCCCUGUCGUUG